AUGGCAGUUGGUUUCUGGCCCGAUAAAACCGUCCCGAAUACCCCGAAGAUCAAUAUUGCCCAGCUGGAGCGGAAUAGUGAAAUGGAAGUGGAUGGCGACGGCGAGGAGACGGUGAUUGGCAACAAAGAAGGCUAUCGGGUCUGCUACGACCAGUCCAUGCACGAUGUCCCAACGUCUAGUCGGAGGCGGCGCCUCCUGCUCUCGACGGACAGCGCUUUUGCCGACACCGUCCUACCCUCGCUAGUCAAGAACCCGUAUAUCGAGCUGCGCUUGAUCACCGACGAAUCUGUGGCGCUGCUGGCCGGCACAAACAAAAUCCCACAUUACACAGACUCAGUCGACAGUACAACCUUCGAUAAGAAGACCAGUGCGCGGAAAUGGCUCAAGGCGAAGACGGCUGAGCUCUGCGAGUGGGCGGAUAUGCUGCUGGUCGCUCCCAUCGACGCAGGCACUUUGGGAUCCAUGCUGACGGGGUUGACAAACAAUUUGACAUUGGCGCUUUUGCGAGGUUGGGUUUCGAGCAAGCCUGUGAUUUUGAUUCCAGGAAUGACCGUCUCAGAAUGGGAUCAUCCACUGAGUGCGCGACAGCUGGAAGAAAUCAAUCGGUUCUGGCCGUGGGUCCGGAUUGUUCAGCCCGUGCUCUGGAAGUCUAAUGGGCCGGAAGAGUUGACACCACUGCCCUGGGAUGGUCUGCAAGAACUGCACCGAAGCUUGGAGAAAGGCUUGAGCCUACCUCAGUGGGAGCGAACUUUUUCACAAGGCCCUUCCAGCGUGAAUGUAAUACCAUCAUCACAAUCGGCUUCAUCAACAAAGCCAUCAGGAAGUGACACUGCCACGGCCCUUCGCCAGCUUCAGACACACUGGCCAAAUCCAGAAACGAGAGUGCGAUCACUCCCUUUUGAGAUCUGGCUCAACGUCUUUGAGGAUCAAUUAGGGGACUGGGAAGUUGCAAAGGCCGUGGGCAUACCGACCAACCUCCCAGUUCCCCAAGAAUGGCAGAGCCACCUCCUGAAGAUGUCCACGCCGGCCUCUCUGGAGUAUACCAUCCUUCGCGGCUCAUUUGCCGCAAUGAAGAAACGCAUUGACAGUUUGCCUCGGUGGAAACCACUGUCAGACCUAGCCUGCCACCUCAUUGUGAAAUUCUCUCGUACCGAUAUCCUCUCUUACCUUACCGAAAACCACCUCGACCUUCUCUGGACAACGUCCCGCCUCACAAACAUCCCUUAUCGUGCGUCCGCGAUCUAUGGCAACCCCACUGUUCUCACCUGGUGGCGCGAUGCGCCUGCACUUCCAAACAAAGAGUACGCUGCCGACGCCAUGGACGGCGCUUCACGCGCUGGCUUCAUCCAUGUCUUGGACUGGUGGCUACAUUCAGGCCUCCCACUCCGCUAUAGCGAACGAGCUCUCGAGGCUGCCAGUGCCGAGGGCCGGGUCGCUGUUCUGGACUGGUGGAAGACCGCAUCAGCAAAGGCACCCAUCCACAAGCCAAUCCCUCUCAAAGUAGGCAAGUCUGUCCUACUAGCUGCGCAAUCUGGGCGCAUCGCAUCUCUUGCUUGGUGGGAUGCGUCUGGUAUCCCAUAUAGCCACGCUGAAAAUGUCGCCCGCAUUGCCAGUACGCACGGCCAUGUCCAUGUCCUCGAUUUCUGGUACCGACUGAAAGGACCGAAAAUGAUCUUCGAUAACCAAGUCCUUGUCGGCCCCACAAAAAACGGUCAUGAUCAUGUUUUGCAAUGGUGGAAAGACUGCGGUCUGAGGGUCGAAUUCAAGACUUGCGAUAUCGAGGAAGCCCUCGAAGAUGCAGUCUCCGGUGCGGACGGUCGCGUCCGUCGCUGGUGGGAGUGCAACGGUCUCAACCUUGGCGUCGGUACACGCGAGUGGAUGAAGCUGAAGGUGCUUUAA